AUGGAUGCCUACCUAUCUGGGAUCGAUGGUCCUGAUGGCGAUGGCCUCGGCAGCCCACUCUCACCCGGUGAGGAUGGCAUUACCUCCAGGAGCGCCAAUGCACUCUCGACAAAAUUAGCAACUGUCCUUUCAGCAUCCUAUGCCGACUCUGAGAUACGUGAAGCUCUUCGUUUGUUUGAUAUUCGCGAUGUCCAGUCUGAGUAUCAGAAGUCGCAGACUCUCAAAUCUAUCGCGGAGAAGGAGAUUAUCGAUGCAAAUGCCCGGAUUGUUGGUGACUUUGGACACGUGGCAGAGCAAUUAAAGCGAGUCGGGGUUCUGUUGGCUAGGUUGAACGACACCUGCGACCAGAUGAGAGGUCACAUCCUGGCAGCAAAGCAAGAGUCUGCGCCCGUAUUGGAAGAAGCCUCCAUUCUCUUGGCUCGAAAGCAGGAGGGCGAAGCAAAGCAGCAACUUCUAGAAGUCUUUUGCAAACACUUCACUCUCUCCGAUGCCGACCUCAAGACUCUGACGAGCUCUGCUGAGCCUCUCGAUGAGCGCUUCUUUGUCGUGUUGCAAAGAGUCCAGCAGAUUCACAAGGACUGCGAGAUCCUCCUUGGUACCGAAACCCAAAGGUUGGGUCUCGAGCUCAUGGAGCAAACCACGAGGAAUCUUGACGCUGGCUUCAAAAAGCUCUAUACCUGGAUCCAACGCGAGUUCAAAGGUCUUGAUCUGGAGGACCCGCACAUCAGUGGCUCGAUUCGACGGGCGCUGAGAGUGCUUUCUGACCGCCCAACGCUUUUUCAGAAUUGUCUCGACUUCUUCGCACAGGCAAGGGAAACUACUCUAUCUGAAGCUUUCCAGGGUGCUCUGACCGGCACCGGCAGUGGCCAAGCCAUUGAAUUUUCCACCCACGAUCCGCUCCGCUAUGUUGGCGACAUGUUGGCCUGGAUACAUUCUGCGGCUGUCUCGGAGAAGGAGGCACUUGAAGGCCUCUUCAUUUCCGACGCCAAUGAGAUCUCUAAAGGCCUUGCAGUAGGCCAUACGAGCGAGCCCUGGGCUCGUGUAAGAAGGCCCGGUGGGGUUGAUGAGCGAGCCGAAGAAGAUGAUACAUCGGAGCAUGUCUUCGAUGGGCAAAAGGCUCUUAGCGACCUCGUCAGCCGCAACAUGGUCGGCGUCUGCCAGACGUUGCAUCAACGGAUUGAAGUUGCGGUCAAGAACAGCGGAGAUCCUGUGCUGAUGUACAAGGUCUUCAACCUUCUCACAUUCUAUCAGGAAAUCUUCUCAAAGCUCAUCGGAUCAGGCACCACGAUCGACAAUACCCUGGUGCAGCUUGAGACGGCUGUGCUUGGCCUUUUCAAAGACACGAUGGACGAAGAAGUUGGGGCAGCCACGGCGGACACAACACCUUCGCCAGACCUCAGUCCCCCCACUUUCCUUCACGUCGCCUUGAAGCAGUUCACAGACAUCGCACGCUCUCGUGGUCCGCAAAUGACAGGCUCGGAGCUUGAACGGCUGUUCUCAGCAGUACUGUCUGGCAUAGUUGAUGCCUGCGCGGACGGUGCCUCUCAGCUGCUUGAAGUUCGAGAAAGCAACAUCUACAAGGCUAACUAUCUGACGGCUUUGCAGAUGUCGCUCCGGUCUAUUCUGUCCCAGGUACCUCCGAUCAGUUUGCCGCUCGACAAGGUCAACAGCGAGCUUCAAACAAUUAGAGACAGCCUGUCAGAAUCAGUAACGACAUCCUUGCUCGAUGCAUCGGGCAUUGGAGCGCUGUUGCAGGAAGCAGAUACUCGGCCCGACAAGGAAAUGAGGCGAAAGUGGUUCAUAGAGAACCUGACCAAUGCGGCUCUGGUCCUUGACGACUUCCUUGCUUCAGGACUGAUGGACGCACAAGAAGGUCUUUCCAGAAUGAGUGACAAGUCGGCGGCAAAGGACAUUAUUGGCGAAGCCGUCGACAGAUUCUGUGCUGAGUUUGACGAACUGGAGGGAAUGAUCCACCAAGCAGACAUGGAAGGCCCUAACGGUGAAGUCGACGCGGAAGGAGAUGAAAUACGAUCUCUCGCCGAUCUCUAUCCAAGGACGGGCGCAGAGGUUAGAGCACUCUUAAGCUAA